AUGAACACCAUCAGCGUUGGGGAGUACCAUGGGCUACGGGUGGGCUCGGCCCUACUCGGCAUUGUGGCGGGCUGCAUCAUCAUCGGGGUGUCUAGGGAGUGUGAUGCUGAUGCUGUAGGAGGCAUUUUCCUGGGAGCAGGGGGCCUAGGCCUGCUCAUAUCAAUCUACCCCUUCAUUAAAGCCUGGCUUAACAUCAACCACAUUCUUCCAUCCUUUGGAAACUUCAGAGUGCACCCAACACCUGCCAAUCCAGCUCCCGAACAACCGAUAGAGUCACUAAAAAGAGAAGGGACUCAGAGUCAACUAAAUCUGGAGCACUCUAAAAGUCGAAUGGGAACCUUUGUGGAGGGGGCACCGAUGGCUGAGACCAACCCAGAUGAGGGGACUUCUUCAGACAUGCCAGACGUCUUAUCAAGACGAAAACUUAAGCAGUCACCCUCUGAUCAAGACCUGCCAUGA